AUGUCCAUUAUCUAUAUAUCUAAAUAUGUCCAUUAUCUAUCUAUCUAUCUAAAUAUGUCCAUUAUCUAUCUAUCUAUCUAUCAAAAUAUGUCCAUUAUCUAUCUAUCUCUUUUAUCUAUCUAUCUAUCUAUCUAUCUAUCUAUCUAUCUAUCUAUCUAUCUAUCUAUUCAUCUAUCUAUCUAUCUCAUCUUUUAUCUAUCUAUCUAUCUAUCUAUCUAUCUCAGCUUUUAUCUUUUUAUCUAUUUAAAUCUCUUUUAUUUUUCUUGGUCUAGUCUUCACUUGUCCCUACCUUUCAGUCUGGCAUCUCGUUUUCUUUCUUCGUCAUUCCUUGCUUUCUUUCUUCCAAGGGAAUUAUUUCAAUAUGAAUUCUUUUUCUCUUAUGCCUAUUUCUUUAUACAUCGAAUUUUUUUUUCCUUUACACGUCUAGUGUACCAUUUUGGGGGGUUCGUUAAACUUUCUUUCUCACAUGUACGUUUUCUCUUUCUCUCUUUGUGGUUUUGUAUUCCCUUUCUUUCUUUUCCAUAUGUGUCUGUAUUAAUUGUCUAUUUGUGGUUUGUUGAGCUUUUUUUCUUUCUUUUCCCAUCAAAUUAUCUUCCUUUUUUUCCUCUUAGCUAUUUCAAUCUUUCUUUCUUUUUUCCCCAUCAAAUUAUUUUCCUUUUUCUCUUAGCUAUUUCAAUCUUUCUUUCUUUCUUUUCCUAUCAAAUUAUCUUCCUUUUUUCUCUUCGCUUUCUUUCUUUCUUUAUCAAAUUAUCUUCCUUUUUUUCCCUUAGCUAUUUAAAUCUUUCAUUUUUUUGUACCCGCCUUUUGUCUCUCUUUCCCUGUUUUUUUUUUUUGUUUUCAUGCUGUCCUCUUUCCUUCCUUCACGCUCUCAUCUCUCGCUCACUCUUUCCUUCAAGUUCUCGUCUCUCGCUUCUUCACCCUCUCGCCUCUCUUCUCUCUCUACUCCACGCUCAUGCCUCUCCUCAACGUUCUACUAUCUUUUUUCUCUCUGUUUCAUGCUCUCCUUCCUCUCUUUCACGUCCUCCUCCUCCUCCUCUCUCUCAAGCCUUCAUUUCUCUCAUGCGCAAUAUCAUCUUUUCUCUCUCUCUCUCUUGUCCGUCCGUCCGCCCUUCUUUCUUUCUUUCUUUCACGUCCCCUACACUUGACGCCAUUUGUUUAUUUUACCACCACUCCCUUUCUACUUUACGACUGUCGAUUCUUUCUUUUUCUCUCUAUCUCUUCAUUCUUUUUUCUUUCUUUUUUCUCUUUCUUUCUUUUUCUCUCUAUCUCUUCAUUCUUUUUUCUUCCUUUUUCUCUUUCUUUCUUUUUUCUUUAUCUCACUUUUUAAUUUUAUUUCUUUUCUUUCUUUUUUUCAUUUUCUUGCCUUAUCCCUCUCUUUCUUCUUUCUCAUUUUAA